AUGACCUUGGCUCCUGAGGUGACCAACCCCGUCCAGCUUGCCGCCUCCACUGCGGGACCCCAGAAACGUGAUACUCUGUAUCUCAACUUCAACGACGGCGGUAUCGGUCAACUUGGUUCGCAGGCUGAUGCCAGCGACUUUACCAUUGACGCCGACCACCACCUCAUGACUGAUGCGCUAUAUGUCGGUGCAGACGAUACCACGCCGAACAACGAGCUGCUUGAGGCUUUCGUUUCUCCACCUGCGUACAGCACCUGGUUGAGCGACCCCUCUAACCACCUCGCUCUUCAGGACCGCAAGUUCUGUUUGACCUCCUCAAACACUAUUCAGGUCGUCGAGCCUGACUACCCUGAUUGCGCUGUUCCAAUUACAUUCAUCGCUGUUCGGGUUCAGACCACGAGCACCACGACGACGGCUACCUCGACAACCUUCACCACUGCCACCACCACCGCUGAGGUGACGACCACAACUACUGCCGCUCCUACAACCACCGUUGCGCCGACGACCACCACCGCUGAGCCAACCACUACCACCUCGGCUGACCCCUCAGGCGAUCUCGACACUGACGGACCGACCCCAACCCCAGUCCGCCGUGGCAUUCAAUAUGGUGGUCGCAAGUACUACCACCACCGCCGCCAUUAG